GAAUGUCUUUAUCGCUCAAUCUCGUCUUGAGCCAGUGGAGGCUGUGUCUUCAAAGUGGUUUCGUGGCGAAGAUAUAUAAUCGAUGGAGCCCGUAAGAUGUACGCGGAUGUGAAACCACCGUGUCGUGGCGAUAACCAGUUUUAAUGCUAGAUGAGUGAGGUGGGUGUGGCUUCCCACCAGCCCGACCAUCCUGACUGACGGAUCUCUGGAUGACCUUGUCCCCACCCCUGUCCCUGCGCUCACAUACACCUCAGCAAUGUCACAUCUGCCCAGCAGCUCAGUCCGAGACCAUAUGAAAUGGGCGGGGCUGCUUGGCUGUGAAGCUGUUCUCUCCAGUAUGGCCCUGAUGCAGGCUAGUUCCAUGUCUGCUCCGCCCAAAAAAAUGAUGGCUCCACUUGGCCAUGUACCACAGCAGAGAGAUGGACAUGACCGUGGUCCCCAGAGCCACAUGAUCAUCCCCUCUGGAAUGAGCUGUCCGCCCCUGCUUAUCCGGAAGGAAGGUGAAUACCAAGCUCCCCGCCUGCUGGAUGAGAAGGAGAUGAGAGCCAACGAGGACAUGCAGCAGAAAAAAAAGAACAGGAAAUCAGUGACGCCCUGUAAAGUGAGAGAACAAGAAGGAAGGGGAGGGAAGGGCACAGGUGGAGAUGAGAACGGUCCAUCAUCUAAAGUGCAGAAAAACUUUAUUUGUGAUCACUGUUAUGGAGCAUUUAGGAGCGGAUACCACCUGAAGAGACAUAUCCUCAUUCAUACAGGGGAGAAGCCGUAUGCUUGUGCCGUAUGUGACAUGAGGUUUAUUCAGCGUUACCACCUGGAGAGACACAGCCUCAUUCAUACGGGGGUGAAGCCGUACGCUUGUUCCAUGUGUGACAUGAGGUUUUUCCAGCGUUACCACUUGGAGAGACACAGACUCACUCAUACGGGUAUGCGUCCCUUAACCAUACCCAGUUCAAGGGUGAAGCCCUACGCUUGCUCCAUGUGUGACAUGAGGUUCUUCCAACGUUACCAUCUGGCAAGACACAGCCUCACUCAUACUGGGGUGAAGCCAUACGCUUGCUCCAUGUGUGACAUGAGAUUUUUCCAACGCUACCACUUGGCAAGACACAGCCUCACUCACACGGGGGUGAAGCCAUAUGCUUGCUCCAUGUGUGACAUGAGAUUUUUCCAGAGAUACCACCUGGCAAGACACACUCUCACCCACACGGGGGUGAAGCCAUACGCUUGCUCCAUGUGUGACAUGAGGUUCUUCCAGCGUUACCAUUUGGCAAGACACAGCCUCACUCACACGGGGGUGAAGCCAUAUGCUUGUACCAUGUGUGACAUGAGGUUUAUACAACGGUACCAGCUGGAAAGACACAGUCUCACUCACACAGGGGUGAAGCCGUACGCUUGCACCAUGUGUGACAAGAGGUUUUUUCAGCGCUACCACCUGGCGAGACACAGCCUCACUCAUAUGGGUGUGAAACCUUAUGCUUGCACCAUGUGUGACAUGAAGUUUUUUCAGCGUUACCACCUGGCGAGACACAGCCUCACUCAUACGGGUGUGAAACCUUAUGCUUGCACCAUGUGUGACAAGAGGUUUUUUCAGCGCUACCACCUGGCGAGACACAGCCUCAUUCAUUUGGGUGUGAAACCUUUUGCUUGUCCCAUGUGUGACAUGAGGUUUGUUCAGCGUUACCACCUGGCGAGACACAGCCUCACUCAUACGGGUGUGAAACCUUAUGCUUGCACCAUGUGUGACAAGAGGUUUUUUCAGCGCUACCACCUGGCGAGACACAGCCUCACUCAUCUGGGUGUGAAACCUUUUGCUUGUCCCUUGUGUGACAUGAGGUUUGUUCAGCGCUACCACCUGGCGAGACACAGCCUCACUCAUACGGGGGUGAAGCCGUAUGCUUGUUCCAUGUGUGACAUGAGGUUUAUUCAGCGUAACCACCUGGAGAGACACAGCCUCACUCAUACUGGAGAGAAGCCAUUUGCUUGUGACAUGUGCGAUAUGAGGUUUAUCCAGCGCUACCACCUUGAGAGACACAAGCGUGUCCACAGUGGGGAGAAGCCUUACCAGUGUGAACGGUGCCAGCAGAACUUUUCUCGGACGGACCGGCUUUUGCGGCAUCGGCGGUUAUGCCAGGGUCGCAACGUAGCCAAAGUAGAGAACCAGCCGUGCUGCGAACCACGUCCAUAUGGCCAAGAAGCCCCGCCCGCACCCCCAACCUGGAGUCCUCUGCAUCCCCCCCCAGGCCGGCUGGCGGUCUGACAUUCCACGUUCCCUACAUCCACCACACGGCUAGAGAAGGGACAAGCCACAGGGUUUCUUUUUCUCAGCUCUGCUUAGUGGGGCCACACUAGAGCACAGACUGAUCUUGCAGCUCCAGUCUUGGGAUUACUAAUGACAGAGGGACAUUUUGUGUUAUUGUUUUGUUGACUUUUUACUGUGUUUCUUUUUUUCCUCCCUGUUUUUUUAAAGACUAGACUUUUCUGUGAUGAACAGUGGUCCUGUUUUGUACUUAAUCUAAUUCAUUUUUGCAAAAAGAAAAAAAAAGGUUUAUUGUUAAAAAAUACCUGCAUUCGGUGGUACUCUGGAAGAGCAGUGGGGAUUGUUUAUCCUGACGUCUUGGCAACAAAAUUGGAUGAAGUGGUGAGAAAAAAGUAUUAGAGCUUCUUAGUUUCCUUAUGUGGCCCAUUUUUAUGCAGAAGAAUUGUCACUUAGGUCAAAAUACAUUCAACGGAUCCCCCCUUUGUGAAACAAGGAAACCAUUGUGUUGACGUCUCGCGGACCAGAUCUUUUUUGACUCUGCAGGUAACAAAGUUACGCAUAAGACAUUUCACUAAAAGCAGCAUCUGUUCUUAAUGAAGAUAACCUUGACUUCACCUUCACAUGAGGUAGAGUCUUAAUGUUUUACUUGUGUAAAUAAUUGAAAAUAUUAAUUAUUAUUUCACCAUGGGGCUUGAGUGAUGAUUUUUUUUUUUACUGCACAAAAUGGGCCAGAAGGAAACUGGAAAUUAAAUUUUGUGUCAAACACGGUCGGUUCCCACUAUUUUAGCUAAAUCUUGAACACAAGAGUGUUAGUGUACAAACAAACAAAUAUCAGACAGUGCUGCAUAACUGUAAACCAGGACUUCCAAGAUGUGGAUGAUGAGAGGGCAACCUGCACGUUGUGUUCUGUGUAUGCUGAAGACUCAGGAAAUGGCACAAGAUGGCAGCCUUAGCGAGUCCUCCUCUUCAGUUACGCUAUUGUACUUACAGCUGUGUAUAUUUUCAGUGUAUACAGAGAUCUCCAGUGCUUAAUAGAAAACUGUCUCUCAGCUCUGUCCAUAGAUCCUGGUCUAAAAUAAGGCAGGUUGGCCACUUGAAGUCCCAUUAUGUUGUUUGUACAGAUACUCACGUGAGUUUAGUGGGGGUAUACAGAAUCUCGUGGCCUUAGUGUGUUCCUGUUUGUUUUCUUUUCAUUUGCCUUUUUUUCUUAACUGUUUAUUAUUGUGGAUCAGAUGUAUUUACUAAGAUGGCACAGCCUUUCAUCAUCAUGGUUUGUGUUUUAUUUUUUAUCUUGAAGCCGUCGUGGUUACAGAAUGUUGAUGGCUUUAGUGGAGCUACAAAAGAUGUGUUCUCCUGUCGAAAGAGGUUGUCUUUAUGAUGGUAAUGAAUAUUUGGGGUCGUGUUACACAGUGUAUAAUCCUACAGGAGCCCUUGUGAGAAGUCGGUAAUGCUCAAUUGUCUCCCACUGCAGUGCUUUGGUCGCUCACAGGCCACGGCAGAAUCAACACUCGCUUGAAUCUGCUUCACACUAACAAUUGCCUUUUUUAUCCAAAUGCUAUGUGGUUGGUGUGUAAUACUGGAUGUCUGUCAUGUCAUUGGGUUUAGCCUUAAGUAAGUGCAGAUACACAAAUAAUCAUUGUAGUACUAAAUGAUAUUGUAACAAACAAUUUCUUUUCAAGAUUGAUGAACUUUGUUCGUACUCGUUGGGAGGUAAUUGGCAGAGAGACGGUUGAUCAGGAAUUUCUCAAACUUGAUCCUUUCUGUGAUUGGCUAGUUAGUGAUAGCUGUGUCCUGAUCGAGCUGUUUAACCCGGGAUUCAGUGCUGGGUAGGAGGAUGUGCAUAUUAAGACAUCAUAACAGAAAGCGAUGGCAGAAAUCCUUUAAGAGAGAUUUUAGGAGACUGCAGUCUGAUUUGAUUUACACAUGGUUUUAAUUUAAAGGUUAAGAUGAGACUAAGUAGACAUGAAAUCCCGGGUAACUUUAUUUGUUUUUUGAUUUAUUAUAUGAACAGAUGUUUGUGUUUGAUUAAAAAAGAUCUGAGUUGAGGACUUUUCCCCAAAAGUAUGACGGGAAGUUUUUUUUUAAUGAUCCAUUGAUAUCAAGACAAAGUUGUCUGAGAUGUAAAUGUGCACAAACCGGGGAUUUAGUUUGAAGUAAAAGGAUAAAGUUUGAGAAAUGCAUUGCAUUGUUCUGGAAACACACAUUACAAGUCUGUGGAUAAGGCUGGCAUGAGCACAUACUGACAAAUGGAUAAAGGGCAAUACAGUAUAUAGUUGACGUCACUUGUUAAUACCUUUUUGUCGUUCAUUGUUUUUAGUAUUAUCAAUCGCAUUGUUAAAGGCAAUAGAAUCCUUGAGUCUCAAAUCAUUUGUUUAUAAGAUUGAGGUUUAAUUUUUCAGACGGAUCAAAUGAUUUAUUUGAGAAUUUCUCAUCACAUUUCUGAUGAUUGUUUCAAGGACCUUUUUUUAUUCUGAUGAAAAUGUAAACACUGGAGUGAAAGGAAAAAAAGACAAAAAAAGAGAUGGAUAUUUUUUCCUUCAGACUGUACUAGAUUUUAGGUUUUAGACAAAGCCUAUUUCUCCUCAACCUGACAGAAAGUGGACAGAACAAUUUGGAUCAGUACAGUUGAGAGCCCGGUAUGUUCAGUAAUUUUGACAUUAGACGCAGUAGUUCCACAAGAAAAUGUUUUUUUUUUUCUUAUACAAAGUCCCUGGUAUUUGUAGUAAAUUAUAUUGAUAAUGGUAUUAGAUGAACAACAGCAUAACAGUAGCUAUCACAGAAUAGUUGUUUUCUUUAUUAGUCUUGCAUGCAGAGUUAUGGUCCUCAGUUAAGAUAGGAUCUUGAUAUUGAUUAUUUUGUGUAGGAAAAUGAGUGCAUAAGAAUAACUUCCUAAAAAAAUGUUACAAUGAUUAUUGUAAAUGGGCUAACUAAUAUGUACCCUUGUGAUCCAAUUAGUUUCAACUGUAUGAAAAUCAGAGGAGAGGCUUCUUAUUAUUAUGCUGAAAUAAAAGAAUUUGUAAAGGAAA